CUCUCUCCUCUCCUAUCAGGUCUCAUCUCACUUCCUUUUCUAACUAUAGUUCCACUUCAACUUCUGCUCUCAGUAUUUCGUUACUAUUCUCUCCAUUCUAUACAAUCUUCACUUUAUCUCACUAACACUCUCGUUUUUCCCUCUGCUUCCCUUAAACGACUGUCACCAAUAACAUUACUUUGUUUUCUUGUUUUUCUGUUUCUAAUUCUCUCAACAAGAAGAUGUUUCCUAUUCAGAGCUACCCUGGAUUCGAAACCUGGUCAAAUCAAAACUCUAGGUUCGUUCAAGUACCCAACUGGGUAACAUUAACCCACUGUGAAGAUUCAGUCAUGAGUUCAGCGUCAAAAGUUGAGAAGAAACAAGCGGAAGCAUGCAAGAGUCACAAGGAAGCCGAGAGGAGGCGUAGGCAGCGUAUCAACGCUCAUCUCUCCACCCUCCGUACUCUCCUUCCCAACACCAUCAAAACGGACAAGGCUUCGUUGUUAGCAGAGGUGGUGCACCACGUGAAGGAGCUGAGAAGACAAGCAGCUGACGUGGCAAGACAGGAUGGGAACUCAUGCAGUAGCAGCAGCAGCGGAUCAUCGGAGAAAGAGGCUUGGCCGUUUCCGGGGGAGUCGGAUGAGUUGAGCCUGAAUUUUUGUCACAACGAAGGGAGAGUUGUAAAAGCGAGUAUAUGUUGCGAGGACAGGCCGGGACUCAACCAGGAUCUAACCCAGGCCAUUGGAUCAGUUGGGGCCAGGCCAGUCCGGGCUGAGAUGAUGACGGUUGGUGGGAGGACCAAGAGCGUUGUUGUGGUGGAAUGGAUUGAUGGUUGUGGAGAUAAGGAGAUGGGAUUAUUGAGAAGGGCUUUGAAAGAUGUGGUGGAGAAUCGGGCCUCCUCCAGUUAUGGAAUGGGCCAGACCUUCGAGGGAAAUAAACGGGCUCGUAUUGGUGGUUUGCUAAACCAGAAUGAUGAGGAUCAGCUUUUAAUCACCGGCGUUUGAUUUCAGUCCUCUGUGGAUUGUUGUAUAGUAGCCCGAAUUAUAUAUAUAAAAAAAAAAAAAAAGGUUUUUA